AUGGAGAAUAUCCCUGUUGAAGUGAUUGGUAAUAUACUAUCUCACAUUAGGUCUGCUCGUAACAAUGUGGUUGCUUCAUCAACUUGCAAGAAAUGGAGACAAGCAUGGCGUUCUCAUUUCCACACUCUUUCAUUCAACUCUUGUGAUUGGCCUGUUUAUCAUGACUUUACCUCUGAUACUUUGGAAAUACUCAUUACUCAAACAAUCUUUCAAACCAAGGCAUUGCGGUGUUUAAUCAUUUCAAUGUCAGAUGUUCAUGAAUUUUCCACUGUACCGGUUAUUGCUUGGCUUAUGUAUACAAGGGAUACCUUGUGCGAAUUGCAUUUUCACGUGAGCGCGCCGCCGAUGUUUAAUAUUACUGAGAAAUGCAGUAGGCAGAAGCUGGAAGGGUUGGCGUUGGGUCGGAACUCUAUCACGCGUGUGGACCCUAGUUAUCAGAAGUUUCCUUGCUUGAAGUCGCUUUCGUUGAGUUUUGUUAGCAUCUUGGAGUUGGAUUUGUGCCUUUUAGUUACCGCUUGUCCGGGGCUUGAAACGUUGUCUAUGGUUAGCCCGGAGAUUUCUAUGUCAGAUUCGCAGGCUUCCAUGGAGAUUAGUAGCUCUUUGAAGGAAUUCUCGGUUGAGUCAUUUGGUUUGGAUAAAUUUGUAAUAGAGGCGGAUUUACUCGAGUGUUUACAUCUUAAAGAUUGUACUUUUGAGGUUUUUGAAUUGAUUGGAAAGGGGUCUAUGAAAGUGUUGAAGGUUGAUGAUGUGCGUGUCAUCCAUCUUGAUAUUGGUGACAAUGCAGAUAGCCUUGAGUUUGUAGACAUAAGCAACUUCACAAUUAUGUGGCCAAAGUUUUACCAUAUGAUCUCAAAAGCAUCAAAGUUACGUAGACUUCGACUGUGGGGCGUUGUUUUUGAAGACGAUGAUGAAGUUGUGGACUUGCAAACGAUUUCUGUUUUCUUUCCUCAACUGAUGUUCUUGUCAUUAAGUUAUGAUUUAAGAGACGGUGUACUUAAUUAUGGCCUACAAGGCUCGUCUCUUCUGACGAAUGUGUCGGUGUUAGAACUUGGAUGGACUUCAAUCAAUGAUCUUUUUGCAGUAUGGGUAGCUGGGCUUUUGGAAAGAUGUCCCAACUUGAAAAAAAUGGUCAUUCAUGGUUUUGUUUCGGAGGUCAAAACACAUGAAGAAUGCAUAAUUUUGGCAAAAUUUACCGAUUUCAUUAUUCAACUUGGAAGAGAAUAUACAGAUGUCAAGAUAGAGUUUGAAUACGAAUAG